ACAGGCUAUGGUGUAACAAGUGCGUCUGGAUAAGUGCGCCAUGUCUGUCAUGGAAGAAACCAUGUUUUUGCUGCUUGUCGUUUUUGUUAGCUUCUCUCUAACGUCGGCUGUUGGUCAGACAGAACCAGCCGUGGACUACUCGUACGUGGCCGCUGUAUAUGAGCACAACUUAGUCCUGAACCCGGAGCCUCGUGUCCCCCUGUCCCGCCCCGCUGCCCUGCAGCACAUGCAGAAGAACCUGGAUGUCUACGAGGAGCAGGCUGCCCUGGCCGCUCAGCAGGGUGCCCAGAUCCUGGUGUUUCCAGAAGAUGGUCUUCAGGGUUUUAACUUCAGCCGUUCGUCCAUCUCUAGCUACCUAGAAACCAUUCCUGACCCCCAGCAGGAGAGCUGGAACCCCUGCACAGAACCAGGCAAAUACAACAACACCGAGGUUCUCCAGCGUCUGAGCUGUAUGGCCCGUCGUUACAACCUCUACCUGGUGGCCAACAUGGCUGACCUGCAGCCCUGCCCCCUGAAGACGGACCCCUCCUCCUGUCCAUCUGAUGGACGCUGGCAGUUCAACACCAACGUGGUUUUCAGGUCAGAUGGCCUGCUGGUGGCGCGCUACCAUAAACACAACCUCUACUUUGAGGAGGCCUUCGACACGCCGCCACAACCUGAGAUCACAACGUUUGAUACACCUUUUGCCGGGAAAUUUGGUCUCAUCAUUUGCUUUGACAUCCUGUUCUACGAGCCCACAGUUACCCUGUUGGAGAAGGGUGUUCGUCAGUUGAUCUUCCCCACAGCCUGGAUGAACCAGCUCCCUCUACUGGACGCGAUCCAGUUCCAGCGGGCGUUCAGCAUAGGUGCCAAUGUCACCCUGCUGGCGGCCAACACUCGCAGUGACCGACUGAUCAUGACAGGAAGUGGUAUCUACACCCCGUCUUCUGCCACGUACCACCACGCCCAGAAAGGAGACCCAGAAAAGGGCAGGUUGCUGGUAGCCAGGGUGCCAGUCUUAGACCCACUGUUGAUGGGGCAGAGCGUGGUCACAGAGGAGGGGGUAGUUAGGGGUGAGUCCACAUCAUCUACAGCGACAGACUCUGGACACUGUCACAAAGAUAACUGUUUUGAUCCUCCUCCUCCUCCUGAAACUGCUUCCUCAGUUCUUUCCUCCUCCUCCACCACCUUCACCUCCUCCAUGAUGUACGACCCAUUUACAUUUAUCCUCCUUAACGAGACAGAGGGCAAAGUGAACGUAUGUGAUGGCACCUUUUGCUGUCACCUGCAGUACCGGCGGUUACCACCGGGCGACAGUAAAGAGCUCUAUGCAUUGGGAGCAUUUGCCGGAACACACACAGUGAACGGCCGUUACGCCCUGCAGGUUUGUGCACUAGUCCGCUGUGCAGGGUUGGACGUCAGUUCCUGUGGACAGGAAGUGGAAGAGGCAGAGUCAAAAAUGGACUUCCUGUUAGAGGGGAGGUUUGGGACCAGAUAUGUGUACCCAUCACUUUUGGUUAACAAGCUUGUCCUGGAGCAGCCAGAGCAUCUGGAAACAGCUGCAGAUGGCAGAGUGACCAUGAAACACUCGAAUAUGACUGAUGGGCUGGUCACUGCCUGUCUGUACGGACGCAUGUAUCACCUGGACAAUGAAUAACAAAUCUGACCAAGACUGCUAAUGACAAGUCAGGUGUUGAACAUUUGUGUUCUGUCAGAUAUAACUGCAAUAAAUGAAAAACAAA